AAGUAGAAGCGCCUCAGCCAAUCAGGAGACGCCGGCUGGUGACGUCACCCGACCCGGGCGUUUCCUGCUGGUUGUCAGAGAAGCUGCUUUCAAAAGAAGAAAGAAAAAGUUUAUUGAGUUUCCUUGAAGUCUGUGCAGGCAGCGGAGGUCGAUCUCAGAGCAGAGAGGCAUACACUGCUGGGCUACUUACCUUCAUCACAAGGGAUCUUGGCCAGGGAGGGGACUUGUUAAGUUCCCCUUAAAGACCGAUAUGUCUUCUCCUAGGAAAAUAAAGGAGGAUUUUAGCUCCGACGAAGAGGGCUCUGGGCAUCCUCCCCAUUCCCCAUUGGAGGAUCACAAGAUCAAGGUCUCCAGCCUGCCUUUUAGCGUGGAAGCCCUCAUGGCUGAUAAGAGGAUUCCUAAGGAAGUGUCCCAUCUACGUGGCUUGGAGGCUCCUGGAGCAAGUAGCAACCCAAGACACCUGCAUUUGGGGGUCGGGAGCAGAGAGAGUCCCAGCCCCCCUGGGGUUACAAAAAACUUUGAAACUUCAUCUGUGAAAUCGGAAAACUCAGAAGAUGGGACUGCAUGGGCCAAGGAAGGAGGCAGCUACUCCCCUCCACCAAGACACCUCAGCCCCUCCACCUGCACCCUGAGGAAGCACAAGACCAACAGAAAGCCUAGAACUCCAUUUACCACUUCCCAAUUAUUGGCCCUGGAACGUAAAUUCCGCCAGAAGCAAUAUCUCUCAAUAGCAGAAAGAGCUGAAUUUUCAAGUUCAUUGAACCUAACAGAGACCCAAGUCAAAAUCUGGUUCCAGAAUCGAAGAGCCAAAGCCAAGAGACUGCAAGAGGCUGAGUUAGAAAAGCUUAAGAUGGCAGCAAAACCCAUGCUACCCCCUGGUUUCAGCUUACCCUUCCCUAUGAACUCUCCUAUACCAGCGGCAUCACUGUAUGGGUCAUCUUACCAACUACACAGACCGGUCCUCCCCAUCCCCCCUGUAGGACUCUAUGCUACUCCUGUUGGAUACAGCAUGUAUCAUUUAUCUUGAGAUGACUCCAAGAUGUACAUGGAGAUGGACUCAUCUAUAAAGUACUUGUUGGGCCCGACUGUGGCCCCUUCCUGCACCAAAGACUCUGUCGAUCACUCUGUGGAUGUCCUCUCACCCUUGAGGUGUAAACUUGCUCUCACAAGUGCCUUAUAGCCUGUGUUGCACAUAGACCAGCCACACCAUAGGAUACUGAACGACACUAUGUAGCAAUGGAGGAGAAGAGAUGUAGUAGUAGUAUUAUGUUACAGAUCAGUUAUUUAUAUUAGGGCUGUAUAGAUGCCCUUAUCACUCCUUACAUUCACAUUUGGGAGCCAUUGGUGUAUAAAUGUACAUAGUAAGGAAACAUCAAGAAGGAACCAAAGACUGUACUUAAUGUUUAUAAUCGAUGUAGACUCGCCCAGCAUCAUACAAAACCCCUUAUUAUGUCUUUCCUAAUUCAGGAAGAGGGGGAUGUUUGAGGCCUUGUCUUUUAUUCUUGCUCAAGGGUUAAAUCACGUGCCUUAGCGAUUCCUGGUGCCUCACACAGAUUAUCUAUGGUUUAAUGACCAGCAUAUUGUAUCACGGUUGUAUUACUGGAGGGUUAUUAUCACCCUCUUAUUGAUUUCACUCACUGAAUGAUGCCUAUUGCUAUGGCAUGAUCCUGGCAGACUGGUAGGCUUUCUGAAGGAAAUAAGGAACAAUUUCUACAUUAACUGAAUCAAAUCUUGUCGAAUCGUUUGUGCGGUUUUAUUUUUUUUUUGUUUUACUGCUGAAACUCAUGAACCACUGACCCUUUAUGCUCAUUCUCAUCCCUUUGAAAGGGACAUCGUGUUAAAUGGUACAUAUUUUAUUAAAGAGUUAUAAUUUCAUAUAUCUCUUAUUUGUAAUUAAAUUAAA